AUGGUAACCCUGAACACUCAAUCGCUCACCGUGCCGGUGGGAAUAAUCCGACAGUUUGAGUUCGCACUAACGCUCAUUACCUUCAGCCUGGUGGCUUCUGAAGGCCACAACAGCACUUCAUUCUGGGCCUGGUGCAUGUUCACCUGGUGCUUCUGCUGCUUCAUGACCCUCCUCAUCAUCAUCCUGGAGUUCACCAGCCUCAACACCAAGGUGCCCAUUUCUUGGGAUGACUUCACUACGGCUUUUGCGAUGUUGUCCACACUUAUGCUGUUGGCCGCUUCCAUCAUCUACCCCACGUUUUACGUAUGCUCCUCAUGUUCGGUCAAGAUUGCGGCCACAGUGAUGUCCUGCGUGUGCUUCGGCCUCUACGCAGCCGAGGUGGGACUGACCCGAGCCAAAGCCGGGGAGAUCAGCGGGUUCCUGUCCACCGUGCCGGGCUUGCUGAAGGUCCUAGAGGCGUUCGUGGCCUGCAUCAUCUUCAUCUGUCUGGAUUCGGGCUUGUACAGCAGGUUUCCUGGGCUCCAGUGGUGCGUGGCCGUCUACUCAAUCUGCUUCAUCGUUGCUCUACUUAUCAUCAUCCUCACCAUCGGCAGGUUGUUGGCUCGAAUCCCCAUCCCGCUGGACAAAUGUCUGACGGGGUACAACAUACUGGCGGUUCUAAUGUACCUCACGGCUGUGGUGGUAUGGCCCGUCUACAGUUUCCAGAAAGUGCUGAGACCAUCAGUCUGCAGAAACUGUCUCUGGAGCAGGCUGGUCGUUGUGUCCUGCAUGACUUGCAUCAAUCUGAUCGUCUACAUCGUGGAUACGGUUUACUCAGUGCGUCUGGUGAUCUUCGUUUCACCUGCCUAG